AUGGGAACUGAACUGAAUUUUCGAAAACUGAUUGAUCUCGCCAUCGGUUCACCGGAAUCUGGCCAUGUAAAUUUUGACGCGCUUCACCUUUUACUUUUUUCCUUCGCCGAAAAGCUAAAUAUCAUCGAUGACCCUGUGGAUAAUACAAAGUAUGAAAAUGUCUCUUUUGUUAUGAGCAGUGGAAAGUUCGGAAGUGAAUCAUAUGACCAUUAUCAAGGUGCUGCCGUUGCGCUUGGCAAAGGUGCUUUCCUCAAGCAUACCAAACAUACAUUGAAACGACCCGGAAAAUAUGGUGUGAAGAACGUCAAACGCUCAGGCAAGCGACAGACCGGUGGCGCUGAUCCCGAAGAACCGGUCGCUGCCGAGGAAAUUGAAAUUGAAGAAGUAACAGAAGCUCAAUCCAAUAACGAUGCGCCUGCAAUUGAAGAGCAACCCCCUGCCGCUGAAGAACAAUACCCUGAGAUUGAAGGCCUCACGCCUGUUAACGAGGAACUAAUCGAAAUGCAACAAUCUAAUAAGGCAGCCGAUUUAGAACCUCAAGCUUCUGAAUACAAAGUAGAAGAAGCUAUCGAACAGGUGCUUGAGCUUAAAACAUCCGGCGAAGAUUUGGAACUUGCUCCCCAGGGUGUGCAACAGCACAUACCAGACGGCAUGUAUCGCGGCAUAGCAAUUAUGAAAGAUCAGCUUGAAUUGACCAUGGAACAGGUGCGCCUGUUGGUGCUGAUUACUUUGAAUAAAAAAUCGACAGCCAUGCAGUUGGACAAACUGCGCUCGCUCAUGACAAUGAUGGUCGCCAUUCAAAAACAAAAUAUAUACAUUGAACAAGCGUUUGGUUUUCGUCUAUCUGACAUCUAUUAUGAUCCCGAGUUGGAACGGGAAGAUGUCGAAGAGGAGGUAGAAGAAGAGAGCGAUGUGCAAAGCGAUCCAUCUUAUAAACCACCUUUGACAUCGCAUACAAUGGAACAACCGCAACCGCCACCACCACGGCCUGAAGAGUACGAUUUAGACGCACACCUAUGCUACUCGCCCGAUAAGCUGCUAGACCAGUUGCUGGAUCUCAAAUCGGAAUUCUGUUUGCUAACAAAUAAAGUGAAUGAAAUUUCUGCCACAAUGCUGCAGCAGGAUUGCCAGCGUACCACAAUGCUCAUUACAGAGCUGCAGGAGCACAUGACAGAUUUGAAAUUCUAUGUCAGCAGCGUAAAAGAGGCAAUAGAUCGAUUGGAAUCAAAGAAUAUGAGCAACAGUGAUACAAUUGAAGAGCUGACCAAAUCUUUAGAGGAUGUCAUGAACGAGAAGAUCGACAAAAGUGAAAUCGAAAUUCUGCUGGCUGACAAAGUUGACUACAAUCAAUUGCAACGCAAGGCCUCACAAGAACAAAUGCAAGAGCUCCAAUGUCGUUUGGAGAAGAAAUUCACCGAAGUCCAUAAGCAGCUUAAAACGAACGACAAAAAUAUGUACCAAGCUAUGGAUAAUAUGAGAACCUCACUCGGCCUGGCAUCUGUGGACGAUGUGCUGAACCGCUUCAAAGAGAAAUUAGAAGCAGAAAUUCAUGGGCUACAGGAAAAACUAAAAAAAUACAUGGAUGCCACGAAUGAUGAGUGCGCAGCAGCUGGGGCGCGUAUAAAAGUGUUGCAGGAUCUCGCUUGCAUCUCGUGUGAUACAACAUGUGUGAUGCGCACCAUGGAGAAAUCGAAAGUGGCAAAGCUGCCAAAUGCACAUGCCACCAAUCUAUUGAGUCCUCUAAUAACCUAUGAAAUCGGGUCAAUACGCAAAUCGGGUAUAAUGGGCUAUUAUCGCAAAGAUGAGUUUCCACAUGCGCCGAAUGCUUGGCUUAACCAACAGAAGGUAGCGAUGAAAAUGUGUGUACCACGACAUGCAGGCGGUGCACACACCACCCACACAGCAAGGGAACAUUUCGAAAAAGUAAUGGUUAAUAAAAAAUAA